UUGCGCACCGUCACACCCUCCUUCCAAAAUGACCCGGUGACCCUUUGCCUCCCCUGUCCGGGCACUAACUCCAGCCUGUUGCGUCUCACAGGACUCCAGGUCGGUUUUUCCCUGCGACUGUAACGUUAUUUCCAAACCCUUGGACGGCUGGCUCUACCGGGACAAUUUCCCCGCCUCUUGCCUGCUCCCCUCCGGCCCCCCGCAAGUCGUGGGCGCCCCAGUUGUGGUUUAAGAAGUGCAUUCGGGGACUGCAGGCAGCGCAAACUGCAGGCAUAGCCAGUGGCGAUGAAGCCCUCUUGGCUGCAAUGUCGUAAAGUCACCGGCGCUGGCGGACUCGGGGGUUCCCUGCCUGGCUCCAAUCCGGCCCGCGGAGCCGGCCCGGCCCGGAGGGCUUACUUGGCCCCCAUCCCGCGGGGCGCCCUCGGGGGCCGGGGCUGCCGGGCGCUGUCCUCUGCAGGUGGCGGGACCGGCGAGUACAAGACCGUCUUCGCCGCCUCAGUGGCCGACCCAGAGAGGUUCUGGGGCAAAGCCGCGGAGCAGAUAAGCUGGUACAAGCCCUGGACCAAAACGCUAGAGAACAGACACCCGCCUUCCACUAGCUGGUUUGUAGAAGGAAUGCUUAACAUUUGUUAUAAUGCUGUUGAUCGUCAUAUUGAAAAUGGUAAAGGAGAUAAAAUUGCUAUCAUCUACGACAGUCCUGUUACAAAUACUAAAGCAACUUUUACCUACAAAGAAGUCCUGGAGCAGGUGUCUAAACUAGCUGGUGUUUUGGUGAAGCAUGGUGUCCAGAAAGGUGACACUGUGGUUAUCUACAUGCCCAUGAUCCCACAGGCAAUGUAUACCAUGCUAGCAUGCGCAAGGAUUGGAGCCAUCCACAGUCUCAUAUUUGGGGGAUUUGCUUCCAAAGAACUAAGUAGUCGCAUUGAUCAUGCAAAGCCCAAGAUGGUUGUUACAGCAUCAUUUGGCAUUGAACCUGGAAGGAGAGUGGAAUACAUACCACUUCUAGAAGAAGCCCUGAGAAUAGGACAACACAAACCAGACAAAGUUCUCAUUUAUAAUCGCCCAAAUAUGGAUACAGUUCCUUUGGCUCCAGGUCGUGACCUUGAUUGGGAUGAAGAGAUGGCGAAAGCGCAGCCCCAUGACUGCGUUCCUGUUCUUUCAGAACACCCACUGUAUAUUCUGUACACUUCUGGAACAACAGGGUUGCCAAAGGGUGUAGUUAGACCCACUGGAGGAUAUGCUGUAAUGCUAAACUGGACAAUGUCUUCUGUUUACGGACUUAAACCUGGAGAGGUGUGGUGGGCAGCUUCUGACUUAGGCUGGGUUGUUGGACAUUCCUAUAUCUGUUAUGGGCCGCUUCUACAUGGGAACACAACAGUUUUAUAUGAGGGGAAGCCUGUGGGAACACCAGAUGCUAGUGCUUAUUUCCGUGUGCUGGCGGAGCAUGGAGUCGCUGCCUUGUUUACAGCGCCAACUGCAAUUAGAGCAAUCCGUCAACAGGACCCUGGGGCAGCCUUGGGGAAGCAGUACUCUCUGACAAGGUUCAAGACAUUAUUUGUGGCCGGAGAGCGAUGUGAUAUAGAGACACUCGAAUGGUCCAAAAAGGUUUUCAGAGUACCUGUCCUGGACCAUUGGUGGCAAACAGAGACUGGAUCUCCAAUUACAGCAUCAUGCAUUGGAUUAGGUAAUUCUAAGUCACCUCCUCCAGGGCAAGCAGGAAAAAGUGUUCCAGGUUACAAUGUUAUGAUUUUGGAUGACAACAUGCAAAAACUGAAGGCACGGUGUUUAGGAAAUAUUGUAGUAAAGUUGCCAUUACCUCCUGGGGCCUUUUCAGGACUCUGGAAGAAUCAGGAAGCAUUCAAGCAUUUAUACUUUGAAAAAUUUCCUGGAUACUAUGACACCAUGGAUGCUGGUUAUAUGGAUGAAGAAGGGUAUUUGUAUGUUAUGUCUCGAGUUGAUGAUGUGAUAAAUGUUGCAGGUCACAGAAUUUCUGCUGGUGCCAUUGAAGAGUCUGUCCUCUCCCAUGGUACUGUGGUCGACUGUGCUGUUGUUGGCAAAGAAGAUCCUUUGAAAGGUCAUGUCCCCUUAGCACUCUGUGUGUUGAAAAAAGAUAUAAAUACAACAGAGGAACAACUUUUGGAAGAAAUUGUGAAACAUGUGAGACAGACCCUCGGCCCUGUGGCUGCUUUUCGAAAAGCAGUGUUUGUUAAGCAAUUACCCAAAACCAGAUCUGGCAAAAUUCCCCGAUCAGCACUAUCUGCUCUUGUCAAUGGCAAACCAUACAAGAUCACACCUACAAUUGAAGACCCCAGCAUUUUUGGUCACAUAGAGGAAGUGCUGAAGCAGACAUCAUGACUUUUUUUUUGAGUCAAUUUUCUAAUUGGAUUCAAGUUUUUUUUAAGUUUUUCCAGAAAUAAAUAUUUAAGUAGAAAUUACUUGCCAACUGAAAUGUGAAUGGUAGAACUUGUUCAAAAAAAAGUACUUGAAGACUAGUGAAAGAACUGUGCCUUCUGUUUGAUUAAAUUCAGUCGAUAUUCUUAUCAAUUGCCUGGAACAUGAUUGGAUGUAUCUUUCUAGCACUUUAAGAAAAAUAAAGAUAAUAUAUGAUUUUCAAAAAUUUUACCUUCCCCCAACACAUUUCAAUUCAAAGUGCAAUUAAUAUAAAGCCAUUGUCUCAAAUUAGGAAUCUGCAGCUUUGACCCAAGACCGAAACAAGUUGAAAUCAGAAAAUAAUUAUAAUUUUCCACAUAAAGAUUCUGAAUAUUUUCUAAUAUUCUUGACAUGCUAAUGUCAUUUUAAAUAAAAUGGAUGAAAUAGGAAGUUACAGGUAUGAUCUGAACUGAAGAUUUUCUAGGUAGAAGGACCUGAUUUAGUGUACAUUUCCUGAAGGGAGGCUGACUAUCAAGUACAGCAAUAUCUUCAUGUCAUUUGUUCUUAGUCUAGGGAAAUCAUCUGUCUGGCAAAGAGCCUAGAGGUCAUUUAUUCCAAUCUAUUUGUCAUGGAGAUGAAGGCUCUUUGGAGCCCCUCCUUCUGGCUCAGGUUCUUAGUUGACUAAGUACUUCUUAAUGAUUCCAGCUUCCUAUGGAGAAAAGGAAAUGAAAUAAGGUGGAUAGCCAGGGAAGUUCUGAAGAGAGAAAUAUAAAAGUUUUUAUAUUAUGCUAAAGAUCAAGAAGAGUUUUUAAGAGAAACCAAAAGUUCAGAUUUUUAUGUGAAAUUUCUAACUUUCAAAUAGUAACUAUAUUGAAUAUAUGAUUAUAGUAACAAUGAAAAUAAUUACUGUGACAACCAAACCAUCUUUUCAUUUAAACUUUUAUAAAAUAAUUGAACAUGACUCUUUAGUAAGUUUAUCAUUAAAUAGCAAUUAAUCAGAGUAGUUAUAGAUAAUUAAAUAUUUGGUUUGAGUCCUACAUGGUAUCAUUUAUUCAAGAAUACAUUUCAACACAAAAAUAUGCCAUACCCAAUGGAUUUGGAUGGUUCUCAAAGCAUUCCUUAACCUGUCACACCAUCUGGAACAUUAUUUUCAAGGGCACCUAUACUAACAUGUGUGAGAGAGAAUAGAUAAAGAUUUACUUGUUUAUUUGAUAAAAAUGCUUGUAACCUGUAGAAAAACAUCCUGAAAGAGUUAUCUUUUUUUUUUGAACAAUAGGGUCUAAAAUAAAUGGCCUCUCAAAGGAAGCGCCUAUCUGCUUAAAUUGACCUCUUGAUUGUUACAACUGAUAAAAUAUAUUUAUAUAGUAAUUCCCUUUAAUUAUUUCAGUAGUUUGAAUUAAAACAACUAUAUAGACAUUCAAUUACAAUUUGAAACUGCUGAGUUCUUUAAACUAUUGCCUCUUUUGGUUAUUUAUCCAUUAUUACAAUUAUAUUUUUAACAAUCCAUUUUUAACAUCUUAGCAUUAACAUUGAUUAUCUUAUUUUUCAUUUAAGAUUUAGUUAAGUUGAAAUGGCAGGUUCUAUAGCUGGAAGUAUAUCAUUUGCUAGGCAUAGACUCAGGCAGAUCCAAGAAAUAUGCAAAGUUUGUAUAUUUGGUUCUCUUACACAUUUUUUUGGUAAUCAAAUCUAAGAGGACACUUAAGCAAGCAGGCUUAGUUAUUUUCCAGCUGAAUAGGAUUUGAAACUGCACAAAACUGGGGAAGUGUUUUUUUCUUGGAUCUGGUUGAAAUUUAUCUUUUUUGCAAGGUCAGAGAAAGUACUGUUACUGUCAUAUAAAUAAAUGUGGGGUAAAAAAACGAUGUUCCAGUCAUCAGAUAACUUAAAGUUUGGAAAGAAAAAAAGGAAUUUCCCAUUUUAAUACUUACCAGAAAAGCACUUUCACCUGAUGGUACCUAAAAUAUUUUGAAUUAAAUAUAUCUUUAAAAAUAGCAAUGUUACUAAAAGUGUUUUUCAAUUAAUUGAGUGAUUUUGUUCAUGAAAAUGUAUUAAAUAUAUGAAAAUGAG